AUGUCUUAAUGUUCACCAUAAAAAAAUAUAGCAGGAAAAUUACUUUUACAAAGCACUGCUUUGUAGAAUUUCGGAUAGUCAAAAAAUUAUGUGAAUGACUAUGAUGACUUAUUAGGAGGGAUUAUUUCUAACAGCAAUAAUAUAGGGUAGAGAGAAGUUAAUUCAAAUAACUUAGAUUAGUUUAUCAAAUAGCUUAGCAACCCUACAAUAAUUUAAUAGUAAGAGGCAUUGAAAAGCAUAAUCUAACUGGCUCAAAAUGAUAAUAACAAUUUAAGAUUGCACUUAAAAGCUAUUGUAAGUAAUUGCUCAACAAUUCUGCGUGAAUCAAUAGGAAAUAGUACAAAAACUGAGUUAAAGAAUUAAAUAUUUACUUUAUACGAAAUUUUAGUGAGUAAAUAUGUAGAGGAAAGCGAGCUUUUAAUAGGCAAUGAGAUCUCUUUGAUUCUUUUAAAUAUAGGCGAUGAGCAGGCAGGAAUCAGAAGAAAGUGUCAUUCACUUCUACUGAAAUACAUUAGAACUUAUCAGAAUUCAGAAAUAGUUGUUAAAGUAUUUAUUUCCACAGGAUUUCAAAAUCAAAAUUGGGUUGUAAGAUAGAAAAGUAUUAAUUCUUUUCACAGUAUUGUAGUAUCUGAAUCAAAAUUUAUAAGUUGGAAUUCUCCUGAUAUGGUUGAUUUAACUCUUUGUUCAGUAAACCUGUUAAAUGACGACAAUAUUCAUGUAUAAAAAGCUACAGAAUAACUCUUAGUUUAAUUUACAAAAUGUGAAUAAUUUUCAGUUAUUGUCAAAAAAUUGCCAAGGGAUAUUUCUGAAAAGCUUAAGAAAUUCGUUGAAGGUUAACAAAUUUUAGGUAAUAUCCCAUCCUCCUAUUAAAUUGAUUCAACUAACCAAUUUAGUGCUGCUUAAUCAUUACAAUAUUCUAAUAAUAUGGCAAACUCUUCCUAACAAUAAAAAAAUAUUGAUUAGCUGCCUUCUUUCUAGCAUAAAUUUGCUAGUUUAGGAUAAAAUAUUCUUUAAAAUAAUACAAUAAUUCCAAAGAGCUAAUCAAGCAUUAUACACAAAAAUUAAGGUAAUAAUAUUGGCAGUAAUGUAAAAGACAUUUCUCCUAUUAAAACUCCUAUGAGUCCUCUUGAUAAACAGAACCAUACAUUAGAUGUUCUAAUCAAAAGUAAUUCCUCUCUUCAAUAAAAAAAUAAUCCUGAUCUUCAUUUCGGAUUUAUUAAUGAACAGAUCUUUAAAGAUUUAUUAAAUGAGAAAGACUGGAGAUCAAGAACAUCAGCAAUAGAAGAAAUUAACAGUCAAAUAGAGAAUAUCUAGGAGUUUACUAUACUUUUCUAAAGAUUAGAUGAGUUUCUUUCAAUCUUGAUUAAAUUAAUUAACGACACUAAUUUCAAAAUUAGCUUAACUGCUUUGCAAAUUAUAAGCAAAAUAUCAAAACAUGAGCAAUUUAAUAACCCCAAUGUUAUUGAUAAAAUAGCACCUUAAAUCGUUUCAAAACUAGGUGAUUCAAAAGUUGCAAUACGUUCUUAAGUUAUAAAAAUAAUCCGUGAGCACAUCAAACUAUUUGGAUAAUUUAAGUGGCUUGACGCUUGCCUAACUGGAUUAAAGAGCAAAAAUUCAAACACAAAAGAAGAAGUAUUAAGUUUAAUUACUUAACUCUAUUUAGAUAUUCCAAUUAUGUGCAAUUACAAUUAUGACAAAGUGUUGAGAGAAGUUGCUCCACUGAUAGAAGACACAAAAACUAAGAUAAAGAUAAAAUGUGUUGACUGUAUGGUUAUUGUUACAAUGAAGAACAAUAAAGAAAAUUGCAAAAAGCUAAUUGCCUCUAUUUUAAAUAAAGUUUAUAAUGAAAUGUUUCUUGAAAAACUCUAACAAAAAAUUUAAGAAAAAGCAUAAGAAGAUAAUUAUGUGAGCUCUAAUUAAAAUUCGAUUUACUCUAUUCAUAAUAAAACUAAUGAAAGCUUUAAAUAAAGGGAGAAUGAUCUUAAGUUUAAUUUCAUUGACAGCUAAGGAAAUCUCGCUUAAAGCAGUGUUGGAAGCUUUAAUUUCAAUUACAAAUAAUUUGAUUAGGAUGUUUCACACACUAAUUCUUUUAGAACAUAAAUGACUUCAGUUACUCCUGAAAAAUAUAAAAUGAGCUCUAUUCCAAACUAAAAUUAAUUUACUAAUAUUUCUUCCUACAAUCCAACUUAAUAGGGAUUUGCUUAAUAGACUUCUUAUACCAAUACCUAGAGCUAAUUUGGUUAUCCUUUUGAACACUCAACUUCAAACAUAUUUGGAAGUAUAAUAUCUCCUAUGCAAACAUAAAAUAGAAUACUAUCUUAAAACGAAAUGAUAGAUAUUUCCCUUUUUUCUCAAUCUUAAAUUACUGAAGAUGGUAUGCAAUUAAGAUCUAAUAAUUAGUAAAGAGACUUUAGUUCUUAUAGUGUUUAUAGAUAAAAUCCAAAUUCUUAUAGUAAUUUUAAUUACAACAGUGCAAAUAAAUAGCCUUACUCUUCAUCAUCUUCAGUUAGAGGGUAUAAUAAUUAGGAUUAACUUUACUAACAGUCAAGUAUGAAUGAAAUAGGAUGUGCUCCAGACUCUAGAUUCUCCUAAAGAACUACUAAUACUAUGUCUACUUCUUCAAAUACUAUGUUUCCAUAAAUUAUGAGCAAUUAAAAUAAAAGCGGAUAUAAUGCAUAUAGUCAUGGAGUAAUAGAUAUUUCUACAUCAUCUAGUUCUAGGUCUGCAGUUAAGUCUGGAAUUAGCUAAUCUAACAACCUUAAUCCUAUAUUAGGUUAAUCUUAAUUAAGCGGAGUUGAAUAGCUCAAAUUAUCUAGAUAAAAUAUAAGAGGAGGUAUAUCUGGAAAUGGAAAUCACUAAGAAAGUAGUAAUUAAAGCUCUAUAUCAAAUACUCCAUAUGGAAAUAAAAGGGGUAAUUCUGCUUCCUUCACAAAUAGUUUAGCUGAGUAAAUUAUAUAAAAAGAUUACUCACCUUUAAAAACUAAUGUAGAAGAGGUUUCUAAUUAGCAAAAAAAUAACUUGCCACCCUUACCACCUUCAAGAACUAUAAGUUAAACAGAAUAAAAAAGUUAAGAAUAAUUCUAAAACUAAUCAUUUGCAUUAAAUAACAAUGAUAAAACUGAAGCUGAUUAGCAAGAUUAAUCAAAACCAAAAAUAUAAAAUGUGCUAAAUAAAAAAAAGAAAAGUAAGCCUAAAUCCAAUAAAAAAUCAAAAAAUAAAAAAACAACCGAUAAAACUCAUUAGUAUAAAGAAAAAGAAGAAUCAGAAAAUGAUUCUUAAAUUGAUAAUGAGGAGGAAAAUAACCAAAGCGAAUGUUCAAAUGAUCAAAAAGAAAUAUCUAAAACUAAAAAUAAUGUUAAAAGUCAAUCUCUAGAUAAUGAAGAUAGACAAGAAGAAGAUGAAGAAGAAGAAGAAAAAGAAGAUUAAGAAUAAAGUGAAGAAGAUAAUGAUGACUAAAAAGGAGAGGAAAUGAGUGAAAAAGAAGAAGAUGAUGAUCAAGAAGAAGAGGAAGAUGAAGAAAAUGAUGAAAGUGUAGAAAGUAAUGAAAAAGAGGAGGUUGAAGCAGAAGAAGAUGAAGAGAUUUAAGAUUCUAAUUAAGAAGAAGAUGAGGAAGAGGAAGAAAGUGAAGAGGAGAAGUCUGAAAACGAAGAUGAAGAAGAAGAAGAAGAUGAUGAUGAUGAUGAUGAUGAUAAUGAGGAAUCUUAAAAAGAUGGAAAUAAUAAUAGUGAAGAUUAAGAAUAAGAUGAAGAAAGUGAAGAAGCUUUAAGCAAAUAAAAAGAAAGUGAUUUAUCAUUUGAUUAAUAAUAAUAAAAAGAUAUAUAAAAUAAAAAUAGCUCUAUAAAAAAUAAAUAAAAAGAAUUAUCUAAUGAUAUUGAAGAUAAAUCUUCAGAGGCAAAAUAUAAUAAUAAUUAAAAUGCAGAAUUAAAUAAAAAUAAAUAAAAUUAAAAUAUUUAAUCUGGAAAAGAAAAUAAAUAAAACUUUAAUUAAUUUGAAAAUCCUGAUAUUAUUUUAAAUUACUCAACUUAAAAGAAUCUUGAUGAGUUUAGUAUGAGUACUUUUGAUAAAUAGAUUAAAGAAAAUAACUAAAUAAAUCAAACUAAUGGCUAAGUUCAAAAUCCUUAAAAACCAAAUAAUAACCCUCUUGGCAAAGUUGCACUCAAGAAUAAAGAAUUCAAUCCUCCUCUCAACCUCUACAAAGGGAAUAUUAAUAGCAUUAAUAAUAUCUAAGAAGAAUAAGAAGAUAAAACACCUAGCUAAUAUUAAUAUAAGCCAUAUCUUAUAAAGAAAUCUAAAAGAGUACAAGUUGAUAACAAUUAAAAUGUAGCUUCAAGUGGAAACAAUGAAAAUCAAGGAGCAAACAUGUCCUAGUAAGCAUAAACUUCAAACUCUGAUUUAAAUAACAAUAAUUUAGUUAUUGAAUCAAGAGAAUACAUGUUUAAAAACCCACCAAUAAUUAAUGAAGACCCAAACGAAAACUCACCUAACUCUCUUUCAACAAAACAACUGUCAAAAAAUUUAGCAAGAAAGCAUAAAAGAAAUUCUGGAUCCAUUUCGAACAAAGAUGAAAUUUAAGAAAAUGAAGAAGAGGAAGAAAAAAAAAUAUUGAAGCCUAAUUUGAGGAAUUUAAAAAAGAAAUCUAUUAGUAAGUAAAUUACACCAAGUGAAACAUAAUUAACACAAUAGCCAAGCCAAAAGUACAGCGCUUUUGAUGCAUAAAAAUAAUCUUAUUUAACUAGGUAAGAGCUUGAGCCUUUAUAGAAUCCUGAAUAAACUUUAAAACAUGUAAUUGCUGAUUUAAAAAUUGAUGACUGGUCUAGAUAAUUUGAUGGAUUAAACAAUCUUAGAAGAAUUAAUCAACACCAUUCAGAAAUUUUAUAAAAUUAAAACACACUGCAUAAUGUAAUCACUGAAGUUUUAAAGUUAGUUGAGAAUCUAAGAAGCAGUUUAGCUAAGAAUGCCAUGAUUACUUUGACUGAGCUAUCUGAAAAGCUCAAAAGAACUCUUGAUACUGAAAGCGAGUCUAUUGUAACUAAGCUACUUAAAAAAGGUUUAGAUUCAAAUUCAUUUAUUCUUGAAGAAGUUAAAAAUGCAUUAAUAACUGUCAGUUAGAAUUGCUCAGAAUAUAAAAUAAUUUCUAUAAUUGCUAGUAAAUAUUAACAUAAGGCUAUAAGCUUCAAGAUAAAUAUUGCCUUAAUGAUAAAUACAUUAGUAGAAAAAUUUGCUAGCAAAAUUCUAUAAAUGAAAGAAGUAGAAAAACUUAUUUAUAUUCUUAGUCUUUUCACAAUGGAUGGUGCGUUAGAAGUAAGAACUUAUUCAAAGAAAACAUUUAGCAUGAUGCUAAAUUUUAAUUCAACAAACAAAUCAGAAAUAGAUAAAAUUUUAGUCAAAGUCUUGACUGACUAAUAAUAUUAAAAGAUUAAAUAAUUCAUAGAAAAAGAAUACAAAAACCCUGAGCAGCUUUACAUUACAGGAAGUACUCAAAAUAAGACAAUAAAAAGCUAAGAAAAAAAUUCUAGCAGCUUGGCUGUAUCUGCUAAUAAUACUUAGAUAAUGGCUCCAUCAGGGUAAUUAUAAAAUACAUAAAAUAUGCCUUUAAAGGCACUUUAGUCUUAAUCAAGCAUUCAAAACGAUGAAAAACAAGCAAAUGAAAUAGAUGACAAAGAACCAAAACUAACGUCUAUGAAUACAAUAAGAAUGUAGACUAGUAAGCAAACACAAAGCAUGAAAAUGAAAGAUCCAUAAGAAUUUGAAAAUAUUCCUUCUUAUUUUAACCUUUGUGAAAACCAGGAUUGGAAACAAAGAAUAGAAGCAGUUUCAAAAUUAACUGAUUUGGCUUAGACAUAUGCUGAUUAGUUGGCUAAAUCUAAAUAUUCAAAUAAAUAUUUUGAUAAUUUCAUGUGUUUGCUAAAUGAUUCAAAUACAAAGGUUAGCAAUUAAGCUUUGACCUCAUUCUUAGGUGUCGUGACCUAAUUAAAAAAUGGAAUUGAAGGAAAUCUUCCUAUAGUUUUUAAUUCUGUCUGCUAGGCAAUCGGAUCUACACAGAGCAGUAAUAGACUAUUAGGAGAGUAAAUAUAUGCAAAAGUGACAGAAAUAGUUGAUGGUAGCUAACUCUUUUCUCAGCUGUGCAAUGGAGCAUCAUUUGCUCCAAUAAAAGCAAAAUAAUUAAUUAUAAAAACUUUGAUUGACUAAGGAUAAAUGUUAUACGAAAAGAAAGGACCUCUGUAUACAAAAUAAAUUACAACUGUUAUAAAUAAAUUGUUAGAAGAAAAUAAACCUGAACUUAGACCUAUUUGUAAAUAGCUGAUUAUUUAAGUUAAUCAAAUUAUAGGAAAUCAAAUUUUUGAUGGUAUAGCUUAGUCUAAGAGGAAAUUUGUAUAAGAUAUUAUUGCAAGCAAUUGA